AUGAUGCAAGCCCAAGUUUUGACUGCUGUUGUGAAGGAAAUGAAAAUAGUGAGGACAAUAAAUUAUGGACAGAAAUACAUCACUGAUCUCAAAUAUGUAAAUAAAGGAAAGGUGUGUGUUUCUGUUGUAAACAAGCUUCACGAAAAACCUUUUUUAUAUCAUAGAGGUGAUUCUAUUUCCUGUUUCUCUACUUAUGGCUCCUGUUUGUGCUUUACAUGGCGUGAAUAUCCCGAGGAUAUUAUAUAUAUAUUUUCGGAUAACAGAUCAUUAAUAUUGUAUGACAAACUGAGAAAUAAAAAACGUAUUUGGCCUCAGUCAGGUGAACUAUCGACUGAGUACACACCAAGUGGAAUAGCAGCGUGCAAAUCGCAAGCCAUUUUGGUUUGUCUUUGGAAUCAUCAAGUACACGAGCGCUCUCUCGGUAAAGUUCUUAAGCUGUCUAUUUGGGGAGAGAAAUUCUUUGAAAUAGAAACCGAUAAAAAUCGACCACUUUUUAUUUGUCCGACCUACAUAACAGAAAACGGCAAUGAAGACAUCUGCGUUUCUGACGUGAACGCCGUGGUUGUCACGGACGCCGGGGGUUUUCUAAGAUUUCGGUACAGAGGAACCCAAAGUGACCCUCAGUUUGACCCAUACGGCAUCUGCUGUGAUUCCAAGAAUAACAUCAUUGUAGCAGAUACGGUGAAAAACAGAAUUCACAUGAUUGAUCAAAACGGCGGGCUGCUUCACUAUAUUAAUUACAGUGACAUGCACAUGCCCCGUGCACUCUGUAUAGACGAGGGUGAUAACCUGUAUGUCGGGGAAUGGUUGUCUGAAGAAAUUAAAGUCCUCUCACUUCAAUGAC